AUUUGUGUUUAACGUCAUUGCCUGGUUACGGUUAUUCCGCGCUCAAAUAUUCCAAACCUUGGAGCUUUGCUACUGUGAUGUAGUGGUGCGGUCAGUUUAUCUUAUCUCUAGCGCUGGUGUUGGGCUCUAGAGGCAGCGAAACGCCGAGCGGAAGGUGAAGUGUUUGUAAAGCUUCUGGGCUUUGCAAUGAAGAAGUAUUUUAGCUUCAGGGGUAAGUCGUCCGUGCCCAUUACCAGCUCACUGAGGGACGGCUUUGGCCUCUGGCGCGAUAAGAAAACUGUGGCCCGCAACUCCCAGCAGGGGUACGACAUCCGAGACAAAGAUCUCAAAAAGAUCCACAGAGCUGCCUGCCUGGGCGACGUAGCGAAAAUGCAUCGUAUUCUGGUGCUCAGGAAAAACGGCAUAAACGAUCGAGAUAAAAUGCACAGGACUGCUCUCCAUUUGGCCUGUGCCACUGGCCAUCCAGAUGUGGUGAGUCUUCUAGUAGAGAGGAAAUGCCAACUUAACCUCUAUGAUAAAGACGCUACGACCCCGCUAAUGAAGGCCGUGCAGUGCCAAGAAGAGAGCUGUGUAACCAUCCUUUUAGAACAUGGUGCUGAUCCAAAUCUUACUGACGGUAAUGGCAAUACUGCUCUCCACUAUGCUGCCGUUGGUCAGAACGUCUCAAUAGUAGAAAAGCUGCUUCUACAUAAUGCAGAUAUUGAAGGAAGAAACAAG